AGAGGGCGUCCUUGUGGUCGAGCAAGGAAUGUGAUUAAGUGCCACAACAAAGUUCGCACCCACGCCUCAAUCAGCAAGUCAGAAGGUUUGAUAAUGGCAGAAAUACAAGCACCCUCUCACAGUCACUGUGACUCGUGCUAUAAGCAAUGGUGCAGUGUGGAGACAGUAGGAGGGGUUUCAUGUCUUAACAUCAACUGUCCUCAGGAAUGCGGGGCGCGCCUUCAUACGUGCAAGAUGUCGGAUCAUCUGACACGCUGUCCUAAUACCAGGAUUGAAUGCUAUAAUCGUAUCAAUGGUUGUCCAGCCACCAUGACUCGAAAGAUGGUCCCAUCACAUCUUGUCCACUGCCCAGCAUUUGUUGUCCAGUGUGGUUAUGGGUACAGAAUGGAUGAAUUCAAGCGACAUUUUAACUCAGGUGUCGAGCAUGAUCAUCACUGUGCUCCCAUCAUAGCCGACAAGAUGGCCCGGAAACUAGCAGCUGAGAAGUUAGCCGAGGAAUCAGAGUAUGACUCCAGCAUUCCUGCUGAUAACUUCAACGUCAUGUCAAAGGAUGAGCUGGCAGAGUUGCUAGAGGACAAGAAGAAAAAGCGAGAGGAGGCCCUGAAAACUCACGGAAGUCUCCUCACGAAACCAAGACCAAAGAGAUCCAAUGAUGAUCUCUGCAAGGUACCCUGGAAGGACACAGAACGACUCUUAUCUGAGGAUUUUGAGCCUAUCAAAAGCCCAACCUCACCUGUUGAUGAAAUGGAGGUACCCCCUAUGUCCCCAACAAGCCCCUUACCUGAUUCUUCCUCAGUGCCUCCAGGCCUUGAGACUUUACCCUUUCCUGUCUUGAAGCACAUCGGCAGAUUUUUGGAUCCUCGUGACUUGUCUGCUUUGUCACUCACAUCCAGAUUCCUUCGUCGGGUCUGUGCUAGCCUGCUGCAGGAAUGUGGCAUGGUGACAUUAACCUGGGAUAAACAAGUUGAUGACACUUGGGUUGUGACCCAGAAGAUAUGGCAGUUUGCUGUUGAUCUCCCGGGCCCAGCAUCUAGUGAUUAAAGCUUGAACAUGCUUUGCUCUGUUCCAUGAAAUCAGACAACUAAAAGAUCGAGAAAUCUACUCAGAAAGUACUUUCACAGGACCAUUUUUUAAACAUCAAUGAUAUCUAAAAUAAGUAGACUUUCCUAGGGCCUUGGUUAACAUUUGAGCAAAUGAAUAUGUUAGGUUUCCUGAGAGCCAUGUUUUCUUGGUCAAAAGUCAAACACAGUUGAGAAGUUCAUUUGGAGGAGUUUGUUGGAAUUUUAGUUAACCAUAAGAGUUGGGAGGAAUUACUCAUAGGUUCUCCACACCGAUGUUCAUCAUCAUCAUCAUCACAUGACAUACUCUGCCGGAGCCUUGGCGACCAUUCUUUUGUUCUGACUUGUCUGACUUAGUGUUAAGACUGAUCCAUUUCUUUAUUUUGUCCAUCUUUAACGUUCUUUAUCUGUCUCUGGAGCGGCUGCCAUUGGCUAUUCCUUGUAGUACAGUAGCUUUAAGAGAGUAACUGGAUCUUGAAAUAUGGUCAAAGUAGCAGACUUUCCUUUACUUACUUCCGUCAAAUCAGUUUUUCAAAACUUUUUUUUUUUAAUUUUGAUGCGGAAUUUUAUUUUGUCCUAGAAAUGCAGCUCUUCUCUGUGGGAGUAGACAGUUAUUCCGAGUUCAACGUGUGUUUGACAAUUCAUUACAAAUAUUUGGAACACCAAGAUGUAGUGAAAAUGUUUUCUCUAAGUUUUCUGAGGGUAAAUAAAUUCACCUCAUUAACAAAGAGAAUCCCUGUUAUCAGAAAAUGCUAUUUCAAAUAAUGUAUAUUGUUUCUAAUCAGAGGCACCACUGAAACAACUUUGCAUACUUGUGACAAAUUCUGGACCUUGAACAUUGCCCAUUUUGUGUUCACAGUGGGCGUUAUGAUAUCAUGACAUGACUUCUAUGCUGCGUUUUCUCCAACCUGUGCUGUCUUCAGUUUAGUAUCCUCAUGAAUUUAUGCAAAUGAUAUGAUUAUGCAUGUAUAUAGUUUGUUGUCACCAAACAAGUAGAUUUAUGUUGUGUUUAAUAUUUUUAGAGACAUAAUUAUUUAUGUUGUACAUACAGGGAGAUUUUUAAAUGAACAAAAAUUUCCAUCAGUUAAUAAUAACAAUCUUCUUUGAAUUAUUCAAUAAAGUCAAGUAACGAUAACAGAAUAGAUCUAUUUUAUAUCUUUUAAUCUAACACAAAGAUUUCUAGUUUCACUAUCUUUAUACUAAAUAGUAUAACUUUCCUAGGUUGUCUCACAGGAAUAACUGAAAAUUUCUUUUAAGAUACGCUGGAUUGAAAGUGACAGUGAGAUUGGUGAUUUUUUUUUAAAUAUGUGGUUUAGAGAUGAGAAGGAAGGAUUAACAUGCAACUUGCUAUGAGUAUUAUAUGACGACUUUAGAAAGUAGUAAAGUGCUUCUAAAUUAAAUUGCGGAUUGUUAAAUACCUGAA